AUGCAAGCAGCUUUCAAUGUGUGCGGUAGGGUCCAAGCCAUGCGAGGUGCCGAGGCCACUUGGGCAAGCAAGCUCUGCCAAAAUUUCACUUCGUUCAAAGCAGCUUUGCUUGCAAUGAUUACCGACGCUGCAGCUAUCAGCGACGACUACACCAGGGGAUGUGACCGUGAAGACACUGACGUUGCUGAUUUGAACUUACGCGCCAGCCAUUUCGUCCUCUCGGCGAGGUCUCUCUUCGUCGACCGGAAGGUGUUGACACUACCCACUUUCACGAAAGAAUUCUUGGAUAGAAAAAGUCCAGUGACCAUUAUUCAGGAUGGAUGUGCCUUGGAAAUCAAAGAAUGGGUGGCUCUUGUGGAGGAAGUGGUGGCGCAUGAGUUUCCGAGUUGGCACUUGGCGGCGGCAUUUCAAAUCUUUCAUUUGUCCGACUGCGUCAGUGGCCGUGACUGCAGCGCAGAUGUUCUACGGAACUUGGAGAGGCUGGCCAAAGUCUAUUCGGUGCCUUAUGAAGCACUGAAGCAAGAGUAUGCUCGCUUGCUACCCAUUGCUGCGGCUUUGAAGAAGCAAGCAGGUUUGAGCAACAGAGAAGCAUGGAGGGAAGCCCUUCAUCGCACAAGCAGUCGGAAAGGCGCCCAGGCCACGGCCUUGAUACAAGUCCUGGCAGCUUACCUAUGCUGGACCGCAGCCACGAGUGGAGUGGAGCAACAAUUCUCGAAGCUCAAGAGAAGUCCUGUCGAACUGAGCAACGCCUCCGUGGACACAGAUCGCCGCCUUGCCAUUGUUGUUGGCGAUUGUCAGGCCACGAGCCCCGCAGUGCAACCUGAAGUGAUUCGAGCUGAGGCUUUGGCCGAUGGCUGCUUGUUGUCGGAUGAGAUCACCCAAGAGGUUCAGGAAGAGGCCCUGCGACUGACCAAGGCAGUGAGGGCGGAAGAUUUGAAAGGAAACCCGGCCACGCAACGUUUGCAGACAUACCAAGACGCGUGCUUCCUUGCCUGUGAGAGUCGAGAAGCCCUCGUGUUAUAUGACGACCUGCAUGACAGACUCACAGCCAGCCCCACCCUCAUCCAGGAACUCGGCCUGGAGCAGGCCGAGGUUGAAAGAAUUUAUUGGGGGCUCAGGCGAAUCAGCGAUCGAUCAUGCGAUUACAUGAACAAACUGGCCUUGGAAAUCGGACAAGACCUUCCCCAGCCAGUGGCGCAAGCUGAGGGGUCGCAAGAAGAAGGAAAGAAGCCUGCGGGCCGUCCAGGAGCUGAGGAUGGGAACAAGGCGCCUGCAGCUGAGGCUGCGGCGUCGGAAGUCCGCCUCAGUCUUGAUGAAUGCUGGCAAGUAGCAGAGGAGGAGCUACGCUUGCAACUUGAGCGAGUUAACUUUUUGGCGUCCAACUGGCUCACCCGAUUGGGCAGGCACAAUGACAAGGCCUCCAGGAAACAGAGAGUGCUUCAAACUGCAUCAGACUGUUCGGGCCACGGCUCGGACCUGAUAGCAUACAGGCUUCUGGGGCUGCAAAACCAAGUGCAGCCCGUCAUGAUGUCAGAGGUCAGCCCACACAAGGUGUUGUUGCACCAAUCUGUCGCCCAAGAAUGUGGCUGGAAGUACAACGACCACCAAGUCAUUGACAUGUUUCUACGGAAAGAAGAAAGCAUGAAACCAGCAGACGUUUACGUCGCUGGCUAUCCGCGCCCGUCGUAUUCCAAGUUAGGAAAACGCCAAGGCGUCUCUGACCAGCGGGGUCUUUUGACCUUGAAAGGGUUGGAGUAUGUGGCAUUGCGCAGACCCAAGGUGGUGGUGUUGGAACAGGUCCAAGCCAUUCUCGAGAAGAAGCACUCGAAAAUUUGGAAUUACAUUCUCAAAAUUUUGAACAAGCUCGACUAUGCGUUCGAUCACAAAGUCCUGACUACCCAGGACUUCGCCAUACCCCAAUCGCGCCCCAGAGUCUACAUUCUCGCAGUGGCCAAAGAGAUUUGCGCUGGAACAGUGAAGUUGCCGGAGAAGCGGUCAGAGAAGGUCGACUUACACCACUUCAUCCAAAAGGACCAGGCCGGCUCCGAGGUGUUGCAACUGCCCAAGUACGAACGACUUUUAGGUUCCGCCAUGUGGAGCAAGGGAUAUAUCCUGGAUGUCGGAUCUUCGGAAAAAUUCCAAGCAGUGAUGACAAACUGCGCACCGUGCCUGACGAACACACGCUUGGGGCAAGGAGGAUAUUACAUCCCAAAACUUCGGCGCCGCUUGCUGCUUGAGGAAGCUGCUGCACUACAAGGAGUGCCAAAGAAAGUCGUCAAAGCCAUGCAAAGGGCGGCCGAGAAACACAAGCUUCCUGCGCGCACAGUGGAAGCAAGCCUUGGCGAUGCAAUGAGCAUCAAUGUCUUGGCAAGUGUGUUGAUGAAAGGAUUAACACACGCUCGCUUAAUUCAGUUCAGUGCACAGGACGACCAUUGGAGACUAGUUGCCAAUGGUCCGGACGCUGCAACGCUGAGUGACCGCCUGUUCGACCGAACAGCCCAGCCGGGACGAGGCCAGACUCGAGUAAGAGGAGUGAGACCUCCUCACUCCUCGUACUCAUGCCCGUUGCAGCGGGAAAGAGCGGAAGUUGUUGACAGACACGUUGCUUGCCACUGCCGUGCGAUGACCUCGGACAUCCGGAACAUUUCCGCAUGGCGCUUGAACAAGGCUGAACUGAAAGAGCUCGCCGAGAGGACUGAGAAAGGAGAAGACCAAGCAACCGUGAAAAGGGAACUUCAAACAAAGAAGGCCGUGUUGCGCGAAGAACGUAAGCAGGCGGCCUUGGCGAUUGCAGCCAAGCCUGGACCUACGGGUCCCAGCGCGAAGGCAAGUAAAAAAAAGACGCCAACAAUGGCAAGUGAGUCAGCCACGGCUGCUGCGAUCCGGCACACAGACCCAACGAACGCAGCGUACUACGCUCUGGUGGAAUCGGACCUUGACACCAUUUUGAAGGAGUGGCCAGGCAUUGACAAGGAAAUGCCACUCGCACUGUCCAAGUCCGAGUCAGAUGGAUCCAAGACUGGGGUUCAAGAACCCUUUGACCUGGCCAAAGCUCAGAAUGCCCUUGGGCUUCAUGGAGUGUAUCGCUGCAGCAUCAGUCUGUUCUGGGUUCAGAUCUUGGCUUCGCCCACCCCAGGCGUUCCAAUGAGCCGUCGGAGAGUUGAAGACAUGGCAGAGUUUUACUUCCCUGGCGGCAAACCAAGUUUCCUGACGGGCCGCAUGGUAGAGCUUCUGACCGACAAGGCGUCUUUGAGCGACAAGCCCCAGAGUUGCCAGAUGCUGUCGCCAGAAGAGAUUGUGCAUUCGCUGGUGGCUUCCUGUGCUGCCGCAGUUCGGCGCAAGGACGAGCUCUCGGAGGAUCAGUGGACUGAGUGGAAAGCACAGUGGCGGGCAGUGUUGCUGAGCGUGCCGGCUUCCUUUGUCGAGAUCAAGGACCCUCUGCAUGGCCACAAUGUGUGGGUGCAGGCCUUCAACCGGAGACAAUCGGUGAAGCAAGAGCAUGAGUCCAUGAGCAGGACGGCAAUGCAGAUUGCCGUGGAAAUAGACCAGUUCAAGACUAUGUGCGAGAGCUUGCCCACCUGUAAGACAAAAUUGCAGCCACCGCAACUGGUACAGGAGCUGCUUGGACUUGGCCUCCAGUCUGUGCAGGGAGGCAGAAAAGAGGACGACAGCGAUGGCAAAAUCACCGUCAACUUGGUGACACAAGCUCUGGCCGUCAAGAAAGGCAUUCUUUCCUCUUCGCGGGCAGUUGAGCUACUGCUGGAGCUGGAAGCGUCCUACGGGACACGUUCCCCCUUCCACGCUAUGAGUCGGCUUCACAUUCUGUCCACCAAGCCGAGCACAACUCAGAUGCGCGACUGGGUGUUAGAGAGCGUGCGGGAUGGGCUUGCCUACGAUCUCUUGCAGAUCGGAGAGAUUUCCAAGGGCAGUCUGAGCGGAGACAAGCAUCACACCGGGCUCGUCCUGGACCACUUCUUCGAUGUCCUUUUGCCGAAAAGCGGUAUGGCAGAGGCUGACAGGUUCUUGCUGAAGGAGAAGCUGUCGACCCACGAGAUUUACCGUCAACAUAGUGGCUCCGACGGAGAUUGCAGCUGGAUGGCACGACUUAAGAAAAGCGCCAUCGAAUGCUUUCACUUGUUGGAGGACUUGACCUACAACAGAAAGUAUGACCACACCCUGCGGCAAGGUGCGAAAUCUGGAGGGACUCCAGAGGCUGUGAUGGAGCACGAUCAGGUGAAAGAACAGGUGGAAAGGGUCCUGGCCAUGUUGAAGGACGAAGAGGCUGAACUGAAAGCAUUGGCUGAAUCGACAGCCGCAACUACAGACCCGGACCAUGCAGAGGACGAGCUUCAGGAGGUGCGAAAGCCGCCGAGCCAACACUCAGAAGGAUCUGACAAGUAUUGGAAGGCGGUCGGCAACCAAACUGUUCGAACUUACUGCACACUCCAUGUGCAACCCAAGACAUUGGAUGGCAUGAUCAGUUUGGUGAGCCAAAGUGGUUUGAAAGACUUCCAAGGAGAAGGAGGUGUCAGCUGCGUUCUGACCCACCUUGACAUGGACGGUAUGGGAGAAUCCCUUGGCCCAGGUCAGAGACCGCUUCUCCGAAAGCGCUUUAUGCCCAACCAGUCCUGUCUCAGAAAUUUGUUGCAUGGUUCCAUGAUUGCAAGAAAUGGACAGCGCAAAGAGGACGAGUGCAUGGUUCCGACAGAGGGCGAAUUGGUGUUCGUGCACUGCGGCUUUGAGCGCACCACCAAAGAGGCAGAAGCCUUGUUCCGACCGGCUGCAGCCAGAAAGGAUCAGGCCAUUGAAGCAGAAAUGAAAGAGCUUCUCCUGGUGUUUUCUGAUGCCAGCAUCAGGAACCGCAAACUUCGGGUUCGAGGGGCUUACUCAUCCAGGUCCACCGCCUGUCUCUUUUCAGGAGCCCCAGUGUCAACCAUGGUUCCGGAGAAGCCUUUUGGCGACUUCUCUGGGUACAACUUUGGAGAUGUCUUCGGGACCAUUGCCGCCCUGCAGCCGGAAGACCUUUGGAAAGAAAAGGAGGAGGUCCUCACCACUGACAGGUGCGUCUCGCUGACUGACGCCGCAGCGAGCAAAGGGCAAGGAAGCUUCGAGCGAAAGUGUGUUCAGCGCCGCUGUGCUGCCGUGCUCUUUCUACAGAAGCUUUCUUCGAGCCCACUCUGUGAAAGCUGUGUUGGACCUCUGCGCGUCUCAGGGAGAGUUGGCCAAGGCCUGUGUGUCCGAGCGCAUCAGCUACCUGGGGCUGACGCUUUCUGA